AUGGCGGCCGCGUUCCUGCCGGAGACGGCGCCUCGGCUGCUGACGCCGGAGACGCUCCGCACGGCGGCGAAGCAGUCCCUGGGGAUCCACCUCGUCCCCCUCUCCCUCCGCCGCGCCAUCAAGCGCUACCUCCGCGACCAGGACAAGGCGCACAUGAACCGCAAGGUGCUGCUGCUCUCGGCGUCCUUCGACCGCGCCAAGGGCACCUGGCGCCGAGCUCGCCGCGGCCGCCACCCGCGGCGCGCUCCUCGACGACCCCAACGCGCCGUCGGGCGCCGAGCAGCGGGCGGCGCGCUGGAAGGUGCGGUCGGCCUACGGCGAUAUCGGCCUCCGGUUAGACGGAGGUUGCCAGAAUUUGCGCCUGCCAAGGUGUUGGAUUUUGGUGCCGGGCCAAGCUCAGCGCUCUGGGCAAUGAGGGCAGUGUGGCCAAAAUCAAUAGAGAGGGUUAACCUGGUCGAGCCUUCCAAGGAAAUGCAGAGAGCAGGGCAGAGUCUUCUUGACAAUUUGAAGGGGUUGCCACUUAUUCACAGCUAUGACAGCAUCCAAGAGUUGAACCGCAAAAUAGAAAAACAUGAGCGAGGCCACGAUCUUGUAGUAUCAUCUUAUGCACUUGGCGAGAUUCCUUCUUUGAGUGACCGAAUCACAAUAGUGCGCCAGCUUUGGGACCUGACAAGUGAUGUUUUGGUUUUGUUAGAGCCUGGAACACCUCAAGGAGCAAAGAUCAUAAGCCAAAUGCGCUCUUAUAUCCUUUGGAUGGAAAAAGAGUAUUGUCGCAAAAUUGAAAAAUCCUCAAGCCGUCCUCCAAGUAGCAUGAAGAGCAUUGUUGCACAAGAAGCCUCGUUGAAAAAUGGUUCUUUUGUGGUUGCCCCUUGUCCUCAUGAUGGUCGAUGCCCUUUGGAGAAUUCAGACAAGUACUGCCACUUUGUCCAGAGAUUGGAGAGGACAUCAUCUCAACGUGCCUACAAGAGGUCAAAAGGUGUGCCUUUACGUGGUUUUGAGGAUGAAAAAUUUUGCUAUGUUGCUUUAAGAAGAGGCAAGCGGCCAGAGGAAGCUUGGCCACUUGAUGGCUUGAACUUUGAGACACUUAAAGAACGCCAUGCCAAGAGAAAGCCAGAAGAUCUUAUCAUUGACUAUGACGAUCAAUUUCCAAGCGAGGAAGAUGAAGAGGUUCCUGUCGAUGGUGGGGAUAGUCUGGUACCAUAUGCAUCAGAUGAACACGAAUUAAGUCUGUUCCAUGACAGUGAAGAAGCAGAGGAGGAGGACCAAACGAUCCGUGCUGACCUUGGAGGAGGUUGGGGCCGCAUUAUAUACAGCCCCAUUCGAAGAGGGAGGCAAGUACAAAUGGAUGUAUGUCGUUCCACCAGACGGGACGCAUCCGAAGGCGCUUUUGAGCGUGUAGUUGUCACCCGAAGCAAGAACCCUACUCUGCAUUUUCAGGCCCGUAGGUCACUUUGGGGCGACCUCUGGCCAUUUUAA